AUGAAUGAAAAAGAAAAAAAAGCGAAACGCCUGAAACGGCAAUCAUCUUGCACAACAACUUCCAUAUCAUUCGUAAACAUCACCGUUGAUAAAGGUGAUAAUGAUACUGAUAAUGAUGAUGAUGUUGUUGAUGAUGCUAUUGCUAAUGAUGCUGCUGCUACUGUUGCUGCUGCUGAUGAUGAUGAUGAUGGUGGUCGUGUUGAUGAUGAUGAUAAUGAUGAUGAUGAUGAUAUUGAGGAUGAUGAUAAUGGUGGUGAUGAUAGUGAUGAUGUUGAUGACUGUUCUGAUAAUAAUGAUGUUGUUACUGUUGAUAGUGACGAUGAUAAUGUUGACGUGCUAUUUAGACUGAAAUAA